CGUGCCAGAGCGCACACAUGCCCAUACCAUAUCGAUGUUCGGAUGAUUCCGGUUCCCUUUGCGCCCACAACUCGUGGAGAGGCCAUGGCUUGGUGGCAGCGGACCAAUAAGAUCGAUCGGUUCCAGUGGGCGGAGCCAGAGCCCACAUAUACGUGUCGCCGAUGCUGGGUGUCUCUGUUGCGCGCACGAGGAAUGCGCCGUGCCUAAUUGGCCUGGGAUUGAGCGAUCUCCGUGAACUCCCUGAGCUCCAUGAUGUCUGGGACUUGUUCCGUUGUUAAUAAAGUGGGUAACGGUGCCGCCGGGUGCCGUGUGCCGUGAGCCGGGCGGCUCCUUGUGCAGGUCAUAAAUCCAACCGCAUUCCCAAAAGUAAAAACCUCUGAAAACAUAGCAUAAACAAAUCGUCGGAAUGCAUUGCACGCUCCAUAAAACUUUUGUGUGUUGUGUGCCAUUAAAUUAUCGCAAGUAAACAUUCGGGAACUCCGCUCUCGCUGGGAAAUAAAAAAUAAAGUGAAAAUGUGAAAAUUGCGAAGUGGAAAUCGUGUUAUUAAUGGAAGUGCUCCCGUGACUACGUAACCUAGCAUACUUUCAAGCGCUGAAUCCACUCCCCCAGUGGGUGAGAAUUGGUGCCCCAUCACCCCCUAGUACCGCCAGCCCACAAAUUGACCCCGAAAAAUCGGAUAUGCAAAUGCAAUCAUAGGAACAAAAAGGGAAAAUGUAAAUGAAAACGGGAGCCAAACUUGGGGAAUGGUGACAUUUUCAAUGCUCUUUGACGAAUGUUAAUAAAGAUAGAUAGAGGCUAAGAAGUAUGCAAAAAUAUGAAUCACAUAGGAUAUACACAACUUUAAACGAGACCCAAGAUAACACCCAUAUUCAUACAACUCUUACGAAUCAAAAGUUGACUCUUCCCCACACCCAUCGACCAUUCAGUAGACCCUUCAUAGUGUAGGGAAUAUAAUAAAUGGAAAAGGAAAAACAUACAAAACGCAACCAAACAAAGUAAACAGACACGAACCGUGUACGAGUGCACACUCCUGGUCGAUGGGUAAACCGCAAUCAAAGCGCUCUGAGGCAACUUAAUUUGGGUUAGGCCAGGAACAGUACGUGCCAUCCGCUUGGAUGGAGUCGUUGUCGUUGCCAUCAUUGUCCUCGAUGUCGAUGCCAUCGCCAAUGGAGAGCCUGACCAUUUGUGAGCCAAGAUGUGAGCAGGAUGAGGAGGAGCAGGAGUUUAGCUUCCGCUAUCCAAGCUAUAUGUUCCCCGAUGUGGACUACGACAAGGACGAUAUACCCUUGCCAUUCAAGGCCACGCCGGACUCGCUCUUUAACCUUUGUGCUGCUGUCGUGGAUGCCCAGGGCCGCACGGAGGUGUUCAAGUGGAGCAUCAAUGACGUGGCCGAUUGGCUGCGCGACUUUGGGUAUCCUGAAUACGAACAAACUUUCAAAGAGAACUACAUCGAUGGGCACAAGUUGCUCAACCUCGAUGCCAUAUCCUUGGUGGCUCUAAAUGUACGUAACUUUGAGCACAUCCGUCACCUGGGACGUGGCAUUCGAGCCCUCUAUCGCAAGGAGCUCCAGACAGCCACGGAGACAAAGCAGCACAGUGAGGUCUACAAGACCUUUAAGGCACGCACGGGCAGGAGCUACGAAGGAUUGCGCGAAACGGAGCUUCUGGGACGGAUGCACAUGAUCCGCUCUGUCUUCCGGGACGUCAACGAUUGGGAUAUGAUGGAGCUGCAUAUGGCUCGGGCACCAAUUAGACGGUAUCGCGAGGUGCUUGCCAACUCUAGGCGCUACAAUCUCUACGGACCGUCGACGGCACGCAGAGAGCCUAUUAUCAUGGAUGAUGUGGAUACCACAUCUUGGUUUGAUUUUGGCGAUUGCUAUUAGGUUUUUAGUUGAUUGAAAUAUGCACAAAGGAAGAUAUGGCUAUAAAAUAUAACUAAUUCUAAAGAUUUAUUGAACUAUCGACGAUAUUAAGACCCUAUAAAUGAAAUGCUAGUGAAGUCUCUUUGAAAGACAGGUAGUCCUUUUAAUCGCUUUAUAGUAUUUCCUCCUUGCGUGACGCGCAAGGGAAUAUACAUAUAAGACCUUCUACAUUGAAGCGUUAAUUAGAAGAAACACCUGGCAUGGGACCACCGACGAAAGCAUCCAUUUAAGAACAUAAAGUAGAUCAUUACUAUAUCUUGCAAAACUGAACACAUAAAUGUAAAAUUGUCUAUUUUUUCUGUCCUCAAACAAUGCCUUGCUAAUAUACUCAUGU